AACGAGCUAAGAACGCCCUCACCUGGCUGUGGACUAGCACUCUACGUCCGGCAAGACUUCCGGGUGGUCAUAGGUCACAGGUCACAGGUCACGGGUCAAUAUUUGGCUAGCAAGACGAGUCAUCACGAAGAUGAAAGCUGAUUGUAAAGUGGGAUGUCGUUUGACGUGAAAGCGACCCGAAGUGGCCAUGGAGUCGUCCGUCCAGGACAUGAAGGACUGUCUGGCAGAGGCGCGGGAAAAGUACAGGAAGGUUCUGGUCUCCAACGCUCAGCUGCACGACGACAAGGCAGCUCUGACGUACCAGGUGGAAAUGCUGCAGGAGGAGCUGAGCUACACGGAGGAGCUGCUUUGGGAGACGUGGCGCCGCUCCAUUGAGUGUGCAAAGGCAUUAGAGCAUCAGAAGGAACUCUACCACGUGGCUAAGAUGGAGCGUGACCAGAUGAGAGCGGAGGUGAUCAGCCUACGAGACGUUAUCAAGAAAGGCGGAGGGUCCGGGGGAACGGGAUUGGACCAGGCUGAGGAAGCUGCUGGCAGACAUGGUAGCUGCAUUCCUGCAGUGACUUCCUGUGUGUCCUCCAUGGUUCUUCAUGGUCCUUCAAGGACCAAAUACAUGUGUGCCGGCGAGCUCAUGGGGGUGUCGAAGAGGAGUCGAAGGAAAGCUGUGGCGGGAAGGAAGAUGACAUUGAACGGACGCGGCAAAAGACAAGCCGUGAAGCAGAGUGGCACCUCUGAAGAUGAGUGGGCUUUUCUCCCUGGUGUCAUAUCACCUACGGAGUCACAAGAGGAACAUCCCAAGUACCGGUCAGAUGUUUCCCCUGGCAGGGACGUGAUCCUGGAACACCAGACUGUCCUGUCCAGAAGCUCGGUAGACCGGCGUCAUGUCUCCACUGCUUUGUCACACCAACAUGAAAACGAAGAGCACAAAGAACUUCCUGCUUCUGCUGAGCACAGUCGGGCGUGGCCGCGCGCCAGUCACUCACCAGGCCGUACUGGGAAUCAGACAUCAACUCGGACGACUGAGUCAGUGCAGGACAAAGAUCCUCCUGCAAUGCACCGGAAGGAACCAACAGGAGAUUCAUCUGAGGCCAUCGGUCCAGCUAACCGUCGCUCCACCGACUUCGAUUCUUACUUUGCUCCCAAAGACUUCCUUCCAGGGCAUCAAACAUCACCAGCUGUCGGUCGUCGCGACAAGCUCAAAGCUUUCUUCAGAGUCCUAGCUGCUCCUGAAGGGCCGCUCAUCAACGUCCGAGAAGGAAAACGCCUCGGCGAGCGACGCUCCAGCCGGUUGAACGUGCAGGCGCUCCGAGAUCCUUUAGAGGGCGACGUGGACAGUUGUGAGGAAGCUGGCGAGGAGACUGAAGACGCCCAUCUGGCUGCAGUGACGAGUGGACAUACGGUGCCCGUGCGUGUCAAGGCCGCGGUCACUUCCUUCAGUCGCACGGACGGCGCAUCCUUGGGACGUAACAUGUCAUGACGUUUGAAGGUGAACCACCUUGGAAAUGGAGAAAUUGAGGUGGAACGACGACUCCCUUCUGGAGGUGUACUCCCACUCCGGGAGUUCUGCGGACCGGACUGUUGCCAAAGACAGAUCAACAUGGACGUCAACUUCCUGUUUCUUUCCCCAGUUCAAUAAAAGCGUUUUUC